CCGUAGCGGCUGUUGGAGGAACUGCGCCGAGGCGGAGGAGGAAGGAAGGAAGGAAGGAAGACGGGAGCCGACGGGCAAAGCAACCAAGGACCCCCCCCCCUUCUCCAGCCCCGGCUGGGGUGAAGAUCAAUCGCACGGCCAGUCUGCCUCACAUCACAACAAAGAAACAGCAUGGCUGCAAAGGAGAAAUUGGAAGCAAUGUUGAAUGUGGCCUUACGGGUGCCAAGCAUCAUGCUUUUGGAUGUCUUAUACCGAUGGGAUGUCAGUUCCUUUUUCCAACAGAUCCAAAGAAGUAGCCUAAACAACAAUCCCCUCUUCCAGUACAAGUAUUUGGCCUUUAAUAUGCAUUAUGUGGGUUAUAUCUUAAGUGUUGUGCUCCUAACCUUGCCCAGACAACAUCUGGUUCAACUCUACCUGUAUUUUCUAACUGGACUGCUGCUGUAUGCUGGGCAUCAGAUCUCCAGGGAUUAUGUAAGAAGUGAGCUAGAAUCCGGUUACGAAGGGCCAAUGUACUUAGAGCCUCUUUCCAUGAAUCGUUUUGUGACAGCUUUAAUCGGUCAGCUGGUGGUCUGCACCCUUUGUUCUUGUGUCAUGAAAACCAAGCAGAUCUGGCUAUUUUCUGCUCACAUGCUCCCUCUGCUGGCCCGGCUCUGCUUAGUUCCUUUGGAAACUAUUGUCAUCAUCAACAAAUUUGCAAUGGUGUUCACUGGCUUGGAAGUCCUCUAUUUCCUGGCGUCGAAUCUUUUGGUGCCAUUCAAUUUAGCGAAGUCUGCCUAUAGAGAACUUGUCCAGAUAGUAGAAGUUUAUGGUUUGCUGGCCCUGGGGAUGACUCUAUGGAACCAGCUCGUGGUCCCUGUCCUCUUCAUGGUCUUCUGGCUUCUACUGUUUGCUCUCCAGAUCUACUCCUAUUUCAGCACUCGGGAUCAGCCAGCCUCUAGGGAGAGGCUUCUCUUUCUGUUCCUAACAAGCAUUGCAGAAUGCUGUAGCACUCCUUACUCCUUGCUGGGAUUGGUGUUCACUGUCUCUUUUGUGGCCCUUGGCGUUCUAACACUCUGCAAAUUUUACCUGCAAGGCUACCGGGCAUUCAUGAAUGAUCCAGCUAUGAAUCGGGGGAUGACAGAAGGAGUCACACUUUUGAUCCUGGCUGUGCAGACUGGACUCAUUGAGUUACAAGUGGUACAUCGGGCCUUCCUGCUCAGUAUUAUUCUCUUCAUUGUGGUGGCAUCCAUCCUGCAGUCCAUGCUGGAGAUCGCAGACCCCAUUGUUUUAGCUCUGGGAGCUUCAAGAGACAAGAGCCUUUGGAAGCAUUUUCGUGCUGUGAGUCUGUGUUUGUUCUUGCUGGUUUUCCCAGCUUACAUGGCCUACAUGAUCUGUCAGUUUUUCCACAUGGACUUUUGGCUGUUGAUCAUCAUUUCUAGCAGCAUUCUCACUUCUCUCCAGGUCCUGGGGACUCUUUUCAUUUAUCUCUUAUUUAUGGUGGAAGAGUUCAGAAAAGAGCCGGUAGAAAACAUGGAUGAUGUUAUUUACUACGUGAAUGGCACCUAUCGGCUGCUGGAGUUUCUCGUGGCUCUUUGUGUUGUGGCCUAUGGCGUAUCAGAGACUAUCUUUGGAGAAUGGACUGUGAUGGGCUCGAUGAUCAUUUUCAUUCAUUCGUACUAUAAUGUGUGGCUUCGGGCUCAGUUGGGAUGGAAAAGCUUUCUUCUCCGCAGAGAUGCUGUCAAUAAGAUCAAAUCGCUGCCCACUGCCACCAAAGACCAGUUGGAACAGCAUAACGAUAUCUGUGCCAUCUGCUAUCAGGACAUGAAAUCAGCUAUCAUCACACCCUGCGGUCAUUUUUUUCAUGCGGGCUGCCUUAAGAAAUGGCUGUAUGUGCAAGAAACCUGUCCCUUGUGCCAUUGCCAACUUAAAAACACAACUCAGCCCCCUGGGCUUGGACCAGAGCCAGUGCCACAAGUAAAUCUUGGAGCAGAGCAACAUACUGUUCAGCAAGAAGCUACUGGAGCCCCCAAUAUUCAACACCAGGAAGGGAAUGGAGUUGAGCCUGUGGACGAUGGACAAGCUGUCAUAGGGCAGGACUCUGUUGAUGUCAAGGAAGAUUACAACACUUUGGACAAUGCAUCUUCCAGUGAAGCCAAUCAGGUAACAACUGCCUCAGAAGGAUUGGCUGAAGAAGAGGAAGAGGUGAUAACACAAGAUCUAAGAGGAGGCAUCCAGAAUUGAACUAGCAAAGACUGGUGCAAAAAUACCUACUCCAGGGCUCAGCAGACGGAGUCUUCUCCUUUUUCUUGUUGUGAGCGAGUGUAAUUCUCAGAAUGCUGGCCAAAAUGUAUUUAUAAUAUCCCAUGCUGAUUUCUGUGAGCUGCUUGGUUUACGGGGCUGCCAGAGCAUUCCACUGGAAACUGCUUUCAGAAUCUGCCUCUGUAUUACAAAAAGGCAGAAUCUGGGAAUCCUAGUUGAAUAUUUGGGGCUGAGAAUCUCAAGGGAAGGAACACAAGAAGAGGGUGAAGAGAGAGAGAGACAGACAGAGAGAGACAGAGACAGAGAGACUAGUGAAACAAAAGUCAGUAUUGCUCAUAUUGAAAUGAGAAAAUUAAACAGAAGGACAAAAGUAGUAUGUAUGUCUCCUUGGCCUCAUCAUUCUGCAGUGAAUGGAGAUUGGUUAAGAACACUGACCAAAAUCAUGUAGAGGCCUGGAGUUCAACCAAUGCCAAUAUGGAGGACUGUGUUGGGCUAGAGCAGUGCUCCAGUAUGUGGGGGGUAAUGCUUUGGGCAUGUCAGAUAGGGCAUUUACAUUCAUGUAAUCUAUAGCAAUCUUGAUUAUUUUUUUUAUGCUGGAGUAUUCAACACUUAAAUGUUUUGUCUUUUUUUCAUUAAAAAAGACAUUUUGGACAGUACAGGCAGUAUGAAGUAAUUUAAAGCUCCAGUGACCUCUCUCUCAACUCCACCAGUGAGUUCAGGAGAGUGACGUGAGGAGUUUUAGGCUGCGGAAUGAAGCCUUCUCAGUGCUGUUCAGUUACAUACAUACAUACACAUAAACACACACACACACACACACACACACAAACACACACAUAUAUAAUUUCUUGCAGCUGAAUUAAAGCAGUAUUAAUCUCCUGGCAAUAUUUGCACCUUUGGGAAUGAGUACAUAAAUUGUAUGAUCAAAUGCUGCAAAUGCCAAUCCUAAGGCUCUUAAUAGGAUCUUCUCCUAUUUCUCCCUUCCCCUUCUCCCUUGACAAGAUUGUGCGUGUAUUUAAAUUUUUACAUUCAUCAUGGCUUUUUAGGUAGAACCUGGGGGUGGGAUGGGAGCUGGCAAUUUUUUAAUGUGAAUUUUGAUAUGAAAAGGAACGAGUCACUUAUUUAUACAUUAGGCUUGGCACUCAAAAAGUGUAGAUCUUUUUUGGUUUUGUGAAUCGUAGACAUUUUAUUUUUAGUAGCAAACUCGUGUGUAGACUGACAGACAUAAUAACUGUAUGUCCUAAUAAACGUUUGAAGUUUUUUUUUUUUUA